AUGUAUGUACCCGGGCCCUACGACUUACAACCCCGUCUGCAAUUAUGCUUGGCCCAGACUCCUUUUACGCUGGAGACGCUCUACAAGGCGUCGCCAGCACUACCUGACCACACGCCCGUUCACCGGCCAAUUUGCGCCCAACUUCACCAGAUUCAAAUCGGAAAUCCCAGGGACCUGGAGAACGAGAAGGUCAAGGACAAAAAUGCCGAGGCUACGGCCACCGCCUUGGCCGCUGCCCUGACCAAUGCCAUCACUGGCGUCGUGACUCAUAGUAUGAUCGAUAUGGAGGCUACAGAGCAGCGUGGCAGCAUCACCGGACAGGAGAUACUCUUCAGCUACUUCAACCAUGUUGGAUAUAAUAAGACUGGAUAG